AUGUGGCCGCUCCGGGACGCCUCCUGUCAGCCCGCCUCUUCCACUGAGUGUGUUUGGGCGCGGACAGCUGUGGACAGAUGGAUUCCAGAUGUGGAGGCAUUUGUCUUCAGUCGCAGAUGCCUCCAGGCCUACAGUAUUCCAGCCUCUUCCAACCUCUUCCAGCUGAUGGAGCCGAUAACUAAUUGCUCAAUCAAAGAAUCUAAUCUGACCAAUCUCACUCUCAGUCCUCUCCUUCCGCCGCCCCCGUCUCCACCACAAUCUGUCCAACAGCUGCCCCAAAACCGAAAAAAAGAAUCCUUGUAA